AUGAUAGCGUAUUCUUUGGUUCGUUUGGCAUCUGUAGUUAAACGAAGUUUCAUCUAUGUCGUACUAUAUGCUAUCAACAAAUCUGGUUUUUGUGAGACCCUUUCUCAUCUAAGGAUCUUAUGGCAAGGGGUUUAUAUGAUCACGGGAAAGAUUGAUACAGUCUUCUUCAAGGAGUUUUGUAGGAUUACAUGUUCAAGUUAUAAUCUUAAUGAGCUAUCAUUGAUGGUUUUUGAUCAGUCGACAAAGAACAGUGAGGAGGUCGACUUUAGCGAAGGUAUUGAUGAUACUGGAUCGAUGCCUGCCCGGGGUAAUGAGGAGCCAAACCCCCAGGUUCGACCUUUGCGUCAGUCAAUGGGAAGUCUGAACAUAAAAGAUGAUUUGAGUCCACAGUCGGAUAAUUUUUUAGAAGAUGAACUAGGAAGAGAUCAGGAGGAUGAUGUCGCGCGGCCGUGUGGGAUGGCAAAGAGUAUUGUGGGCCUACUCACCACUGCAAGUGUUUAUGCCGGAAUGGGUGGAAUAGAUGAGGGACAGAUAAUUACAGAGGUUGAGGAUGACAGGAAAGCCAGUUCGGGUGAUGGAUUGAAGGGAGACAAUCGGCAGGAAGAUGACGAUGAGCUUGCUGGGUCGAUGUCAUUGUCGGAAGAUGACACUUUGUUUGAGCUAGCUAUAGUUCCCACCUUUGCAGGCCAUUCGAACGCAACAGACGGACCACGUUCGAGACACAGCAAAAUUUACAAGAUGCUUUUCGAGAAAUUUGAGCUCGACCCCAACGUAGACCAAAUGUUGUGCAGUUACUCUUGUUGGCUUUUGAGAGAUGUCUUGAUUCAGGGUCACAUAAUCUUGACUGAGUGCAAUCUGUUGUUCUUCGCAUUUUUACCCAAACAUGACGGCAAAACGAAAAUGUCGGGGAAUUUGUCAAUUGUUUUGAGCAUUGGGCUUGGCAAAAAACGAAUCUCGCGCUACUGGGCCGUCUUGAAAGAUCAUACCCUGUCAUUUUUUGGCUCUCCAAAGGAUCUCUACUUCCCCGUUAUGACUAUUGAUCUACGAUAUGCUCAAAAAGUGGAUUUAUGCAGACAGGACGGAAGCCCGACAACCGAAUUUAAAAUCGUGUUGGAAAACAAAGUAUUCAAAUUCAAAGCAGACUCGGAUUACGCGUGUCGUUCCUGGUGCAAUGGUUUGAGAAAGCAAAUAUUUGCUGUGCAAAACGCACAAGACGACUCUCUGUCAAUCAAAAUCCCACUUGAAAAUAUAGUAGACAUUGACAAACAGAAAACGGUAGCGGAUUCCUUUACAUUGAGAAUACGUGUAUUGGAAAGUACAGAUUCAUAUGCUGUCGAUGAUUAUUUCCUGAUGUUUUUGAAUAAUUCUGGAGCCCUCUUGAAGACAGCAGUAGACAAGCAGCUCGCAAAUUUGGAAAUGUCAGGAUCCAACAUCAAUUUUGGCAGAAAUCUUCUGCCGCAACCGGAUUCUCUCGAGUCACCUUUUACUUUUAAGGACGACGACCGCUCAGAAGCGGGCCGCGGCAGGACAAUUGAGAGUAGAAGGAGUAUUUUCAAACAAGUGCUUUCUCCGUGUUCAAGAAAACGGGACCAUACUCAAGAUACUGAGCAGUCACCUUCGAGAUCACCACUGAAAGUAAAGGAAAGAAUCAGAUCCAUGACGGACUCGUUCAAAGGCAAGCAGCUUGGUAAAAGUUGUAUCGAGGAAGACAUGGACGUUCAAUAUUUUCCCAUUGAGAAAGACUCUGAUAAGAGCUCGGACGAAGCGUUCCCAGAAGUCGGAAACUCGAUGAAUUCUGAAAGUGAAGAGGCUGAAAACGAGUUGGACAAUGAAGCGAAAGAGGAACCCCAUUUUAAACUGAUUAAUUGGACGCCACGUCCUAUAAAACAUAUGGGCAACAUGUGGGGGGCUCACCCUGUGCAUUACCUUGUUCAGAAUCUAACUCUUUUUCCAGAAGAUGAUAAGUAUAUUGCAGGAGCAAAGGAAAGUCAGACGGCGAACUCUAGAUUUCGAGAGCAUUUUUCACUUGACGAAAACGAAAGCUUGAUAGCAGCCUACUAUACUUAUCUGAAUAAGAAUAUUCCUAUCUAUGGAAAGCUGUAUGUCGGGAAGUCAAAGGUUUGCUUUCGUUCUCUCAUACCAGGAACAAAGACGAAGAUGAUCCUUCCAAUCGAAGAUAUGGAAAACUGCUACAAAGAAAGAGGUUUUAGAUUCGGUUAUUUUGGUUUGGUGCUUGUCAUUCAAGGGCAUGAAGAACUCUUUUUUGAGUUUAGUCUUCGGAGCUCGAGAGAUGAUGCUGAAUUUAUCAUGCUCAAACGACUAGAUAGCAAGAUAAGUGGUGUCAAGAAAUCGGUAAUGACUCUUUCAGCCGAGGACGUUUUGACAGAUCAGCUUACCAAAGACAGGGCUCUUUCUCGGGACGGGAUUAGCAAGGAAGCGAAAUUAAAACUUUUCGAAGACAAAAUUAAUGCAGAGGGCUAUGACUUGCCAUUAAUGAUUGAGGAUAAUCCUUAUUAUAAAACGAGUAUUACUCCAAAAAAGGCUUACAAAUUUGGCCUUUUAACUAUCGGAUCUCGAGGAGAUGUUCAGCCUUAUAUCGCUUUGGGCAAGGGUCUGCAGAAAGAGGGGCAUAAGGUCACAAUCAUCACUCAUGCCGAGUUUGGAUCGUGGAUUCAAUCACAUGGAAUUGCCUUUCGCGAAAUUGCUGGUAACCCAGCGGAGCUUAUGGCUCUUAUGGUUCAGCAUGGAUCGAUGAAUGUAGGAAUGCUGAGAAAGGCAUCAACGCAUUUUCGUGGUUGGAUUCAAGAGUUACUGGAUACCGCUUGGGAGGCUUGCCAAAAUAUCGAUAUUCUUAUUGAGUCCCCCUCAGCAAUGGCUGGAAUUCACAUUGCUGAAGCUCUGAAUCUUCCUUAUUUUAGGGCUUUCACAAUGCCAUGGACUAGAACCAGAGCUUAUCCUCAUGCAUUUAUCGUACCAGAUCAGAAGCGCGGUGGGAACUACAAUUAUUUAACGCACGUCCUCUUCGAGAACAUUUUCUGGAAAGGAAUCAGUGGUCAGGUUAAUAAGUGGAGAGUCGAAACGUUAGGAUUGGAGAAGACUAAUCUUGAUCUGAUGCAACAGAAUAAGGUACCCUUUCUGUACAACAUUUCACCUUCAAUCUUCCCGCCGUCGGUGGAUUUUAGUGAAUGGGUUAAAGUAACGGGUUAUUGGUUCCUUGAUGAGAAGAUUGACUUUAAAGUUUCCGACGAAUUGAGGAACUUUAUAUCGGAAGCAAGAACUCUUGGCAAGAAAUUGGUAUAUAUAGGUUUCGGUUCCAUUGUGGUCACGGAUCCUCGUGAAAUGACCAAGGCGGUUGUUGACGCCGUUGUUAGUGCAGAUGUUUAUUGUAUUCUCAACAAAGGUUGGUCUGAACGUCUCAGCCCCGAUCAAGCGCACAAAGUUGAAGUUGGUCUUCCAGCAUGUGUGUUUAAUUCGGGGUCAAUACCCCAUGAUUGGCUAUUUCCUCAAAUUGAUGCAGCCGUUCACCACGGCGGAUCAGGAACUACUGGAGCUGCAUUAAGAGCUGGUCUUCCAAGCGUAAUAAAACCAUUUUUUGGUGACCAGUUCUUUUUUGCAGGCCGAGUCGAAGAUAUUGGGGCAGGAAUAAGUUUAAAGAAGCUCAACAGUAAAAGCUUGGGUCGUGCUUUGAAAGAAGUCACUACAAAUUCGCGGCUCAUCGGCAAAGCGCAGCAAAUUCAAAAGGAAAUCUCCAACCAAAAAGGAGUCGAUACAGCUAUCGGAUGCAUUUACUCCGAAUUAGAGUACGCAAGGAGUUUAACGACAAAUAAAGCCAAUGAAGCCAAGAGGGUUUUAAAGGUUACGUCCAGCCCACUGGACGAAGAAGGAUCAUGGUUAAUGAUUUAA